AUAAACGAAUAGAACGAAAUCAAAUAAAAAGAAAUAAUGAAAGAGAAAUGCUGGUGACAAACUAGAAACAAAAAGAGAAAAUGAAUUAAACAAAAAUUCAUGUAGACGUUACUCUCUCUAUAUUGACACUCUUUCUGUCUUACUCUCAUCUCAACUUUGUCCCUCUCUCCUCCAUCCUCAUCCUCAUCCCUCGGCCAAACCUCCAGAGUUUACAGAUCAGAUGCUGAAUUUUCUUGUUGCUAACAAAUCAACAUGAGAGGAGUAAUGGGUACGUCUCCUCGUGUAUCCAUUGAUGACAUAUAUAGAAGAAGAUUACAGAGGAGUAGAGCUAAAGAUUCUGAGAAGCCUUUCCACCUAUCCAUCCAAGAUAGAAGUUCAAAAUGCAAAUUUCCUCUGCUAAGACUUGUUCUACUUAUUAUCAUUUCUGGCACUUUUGUAACACUAAUAUACUCUCCAGAGGUUUACAGCAAUAACAAUCAAUCACAGUCCGCUUCUCGGGGAAGUUUUGUCAACAGGUGGAUAUGGGGUGGUCCAGAUACACGAUAUAUAUCACACAUAGACAUUGAAUGGAAGGAUAUCAUAAAAGCUAUAAAGAAAGUUCCUUUGAAGAAUGAAUAUCAAGGAAUUGGACUAUUGAACUUCAAUGGGAGCGAGAUUGAUAAGUGGAAGCAGCUUAUUCCUGAUGCUGCACACAUUGUUCUGAAUCUAGACCAUGCUGCACAAAAUGUGACUUGGGAUUCCCUGUAUCCAGAAUGGAUAGAUGAGUUAGAAGAAGAAGAGGUGCCUACUUGUCCAUCUCUACCAAAGCUCAAUGUCCCGGGAAGACGGAUAGAUCUCAUAGCUGUGAAGCUUCCUUGUCGAAAUGAAGGGAAUUGGUCAAGAGAUGUUGCUAGACUGCACUUGCAACUCGAAGCAGCGAGACUUGCAGCCUCUUCAAAAGCUUACUACCCUGUUCAUUUGCUUUUUGUCACAAACUGCUUUCCAAUGCCAAAUCUUUUCACUUGCAAAGAAAUUGUUGCUCGGGAGGGAAAUGCUUGGUUAUACAAGCCAAACUUGAAUGUUGUCAGAGAGAAACUCCAGCUCCCGGUUGGUUCCUGUGAACUUGCACUUCCUCUCGGUGGAAAAGAGGUGGUUUAUUCGGGAAAUGUUCGUCGAGAGGCGUAUGCAACUAUUCUCCAUUCAGCAGAUGUUUAUGUUUGUGGAGCAAUCGCUGCUGCUCAAAGUAUUCGAAUGUUGGGAUCAACUAGAGACCUUGUCAUACUUGUUGAUGAGACAAUUAGCGAGUAUCACAGGAGUGGACUCGAAGCAGCUGGUUGGAAGAUCAAAACAAUCCAAAGGAUAAGGAACCCGAAGGCUGAGAAAGAUGCAUACAAUGAAUGGAACUACAGCAAAUUUCGGCUAUGGCAGCUGACCGACUAUGACAAAAUCAUAUUCAUUGAUGCCGAUUUGCUUAUACUGAGAAACAUCGAUUUCUUAUUUGGGAUGCCAGAAAUCUCAGCAACAGGAAACAACGGUACACUUUUCAACUCUGGUGUGAUGGUCAUUGAGCCGUCAAAUUGCACAUUCCAGCUUUUGAUGGAACAUAUUAAUGAGAUAGAGUCCUAUAAUGGUGGAGAUCAAGGAUAUCUGAAUGAGAUCUUUACAUGGUGGCAUAGGAUUCCGAAACACAUGAAUUUCUUGAAGAACUUCUGGAUUGGUGAUGAUGAAGAGGUGAAAGAAAUGAAGACUAGACUCUUUGGUGCUGAGCCUCCAAUCUUAUAUGUCUUGCACUAUCUGGGUUUGAAGCCAUGGUUGUGUUAUCGAGACUAUGAUUGCAAUUGGAAUAUUGAUUUUAUGCAAGAAUUUGCAAGUGAUGUUGCUCAUCAAAAAUGGUGGAAAGUUCACGACGCAAUGCCUGAGAUGUUGCAGCAGUUUUGCCUUUUGAAAUCAAAGCAAAAGGCACAGUUGGAAUGGGAUAGAAGUCAAGCUGAAAAAGAUAACUACACAGAUGGACAUUGGAGAAUUAGAAUCCAAGAUGGAAGGUUGAAGAAAUGCAUAGACAAAGUAUGCAAUUGGAAGAAAAUGUUGAAGCAUUGGGGAGAAACAAAUUGGACAGAUAUUGACGAGUAUGUUGCUCAAACCCCACCAGCGAUUACUUCUGCUUCUCUUUCUGGUUUAUGAGUGUAUAUUACACUCCCAAUUUUUAUCACCACAUUUUGGGGCCUUCUUUCUGUAGAUGACACAUAGUUCCAAAAAAAAAGUUCUCAUUUUUAAUUACCCCCAUAUUAUUGAUUCAUAAGAAUGUUUUAGACCCACAUUUACUUUUUGGGCUAUAACGAUGGUUCUGAGGCUGAUGUUUUUCUCUACUUAAUAAUAGAAAAAAUAAAGCACUUCUUGAUCACUUUUGUUUUUCUUGA